AGGACACAAUUGAUAAGCAUGUUUUCCACCAAAAAACCAUUGAAAAUUCCAGGUUGCAAGCCGCUUUGCUUUGAGGAUACCUCCAAGUAUAUCUUUCAAUAUCAUCCGGGUGAUCCAAUGUAUGAACGGAUUGGUCGUCCUGCGACUCAAAUCAAAAAGGCUGCAGAUGGAAUUUUGGUCAACUCGUGGCAUGAUCUUGAGCCCACAACACUCGAAGCCUUGAAGAACAUUGUAGAAGUUCCGGUUUUACCCAAUUGGUUGCUGAGCUGGCUUGGGGGUCUAGACCUAAGCCGGCAGAGGUUUGUUUGGGUGGUGCGUCCUCCUGUUGAGGAUGAUGCAUCCGGAUCCUUUCUGACGUUAGGCAACCGGGCUAAUGAUAAUCCGGAGCACUACUUACCCGAUGGGUUCUUGACCCGAACCCGUGAUAGAGGACGGGUGAUUCUGAUAUGGGUCCUACAAGAAGUGAUAUUACAACAUCCAUCAAAUUGGUGCAUUCCUAACACAUUGUGGGUGGAAUUCAGUGAUCAUGGUCAGUGGGAUUCCCAUGAUUGCGUGGCCGCUCUACGCCGAGCAGAAAAUGAACGAUGUUGGCUGAGGAGCUUGGAGUGGCUAUCCGAUCAAAGGCACAGCUGUCGGGUGAAGUUGUGGGGAGAGAAGAUAUAGAAAAUAAGGUGAUUAAGAUUAU